UCUUGCCUUUGGGUUUGCUGGCCACGGUUUUUGCCAAAUGUGCCUAAAGAUGUUUUUGUGAAACAUUGGAUGUCGUCCUUAUAAAGGGGAUAUGACACUCUGGUUUACCCUUAUUGAGAGCAUUAUUUACUGUCUGGUCUCCAAUUUCAUUUCCUGAAAUUCCGACGUUGUUUGGGAUUCACUCAAAUAUUAUAUUUACAUAGAACCUUCUUAAAAGAACCUCAGACAUCAUGUUUAAAAUAAUUCACAUGAAACAGAGGAAUAUCCGGAAAAGAGUUGUACGACUGCUUCCACUUUUUCUAUCGUUUGGACUCGUAUUUUUAAUGUUCUGUUACAUUAGCACCAGCCUGAGAUCUGUAAUUUGUAAUGUAAAACCUUUAUUAUUAUACAAAACUACAGGUGACAAAGUUUUUCUUCAAGAGUUGAACAUGCAACAACAAUGUACUGGAUGCUUCCCAGAAAGCAUUCACUUAAUUAUCGAUAAUGAUCAAAUUUGUAAACCUAGUAACGUGUCUAUCGAUAUACUUAUUAUGAUAAUGUCUUCUCCGCAAAAUAAGUUGAGUCGAAAUGCUAUAAGAGAUACUUGGUUAAAGCAUACGAAAACGAACAAAGGGAACAUCAGAUACGUAUUUUUACUUGGAGACUCGUCAAUGACAAAUGAAUUAGAGAAGGAAAAUUUAAAAACUAAUGAUAUUAUUUUGGGAAGCUUUAAGGACACAUACAAUAAUCUAACUUAUAAAACAUUGAUGAGUUUUCAAUGGGCAGCAAAACAUUGCAGAAAUGCACAGUUUGUUAUGAAAACGGAUGAUGAUGUGUACGUGCAUAUUCCUGGACUAAAAAGGGUCAUAAAGGAGAACGCAAAAGCGUUACAGACCGCAGUUGGGGGAUACUGUCAACAAGUUGCAAAUCCUGUAAGAGAUAAGGAGUCCAAAUGGUAUGCUUCAUUUGAAAGCUAUCCACAAACAACAUAUCCGGGGUAUUGUUCUGGCACUGGAUAUGUUACCAGUUUAAACGUUGUCACGCACAUAGUGAAAAUAUCAAAAAUUGUUCCGUUUUUUCAUCUGGAAGAUGUGUAUAUUGCUUUGUGUAUACAAAAACUUGGAUUUUGCUUACAUUCUUUAAAAGGUUUUAUGCUAGCUUAUGAUUUAGACAACUGUAAAAAUCACGAUAACACGUUAGUUACCAUUCAUAAAGUGUCAGUCAGCAUGUUGAGACGUAUUUGGGAGAUACCUUGUACUUUUAAUUUAGUAUGACUGAACAUUGACAAAUUAUACAAUAUAUGUAUUUGCGUUUUUGCA